CCUUAUUACUGAAGACUGAAGACCCAGAAACUAGAGACACAACACAACAGAACGGACUGUAGACAACUUUUACUCCUUAAGAGUUGUCAAGUGCUGCUGGCUGGGGUAAUCCAAGCGACUUCUCAGGAACCCUUUAAGAGGCAACCUGACCUAUUUUUAAGGACAAAGGAUAUCUUACUACGAUUUACCAAUUUCUUUUUCCUCUAUUACUGUUAAUAUAUCUAGGUUCCGGCAUAGAGGUAUUGGUUAUCUGCUGCAACUAGACACGGAAGCUCGUUAAACGAAAGUUUCUUCUAUUCUGUCCACAGCCAUUUGAACCAUUUCAACACCAGAUUAUCACAAAAGUAUUGAAUACAAAACAAGCGGGACUUAUUAAUGCUGUGUUGCUUCUAUGUUUCAGGAUAAUAAUUCUUCUCCUCUAAUAUGCUUGUCAAAAAUUGUCCUCAGCAACAUACCUUCUGGGUGGAAGGUUAAGUCUCAACUAAAUGAUUGCUUCAAGUUGUUUUCAAAUAUUUUGCCUUUCUCAUCACCACUGGAAUUGGAGUAUUUUUUCCAGUUUAAUCAUUUCGCAAACAAGGGAGAAAUAAAAACUAUCUAUGGGACGUUCGCUUACUACAAAAUAUCAAAGAAUUUGAAACAACUGAUGUUUCGGAAGGAACUAUCGCUUAGUAACUCAUGUUUGUUGUCUCUAAUAGAAAAUCCUCCUCCUAAUUUCACCACUCAUUGCUUGCUUGGUCUACCUUCAACAUUAUUUCGACAGUUUAUCAUUAUUAAUUUUUGUAUAUAUUGGCUUCCAAUGACACAUGUAUUAUAUCAUCGCACAGUUCCGGAGGAGGGCAAUACCGGGGCUUUGCAGACUGUUUUCAGUUUUUUAGCCGAUCCACACGUUUUCAACAAAUUAUAUGAAACAUGCAGAGAUGUGCAAGUGUUUAUAUAUUCUUGGAUGCAACAUAGUCAUUUCUAUGGUGUUAGUGGGGCAAACACAGAGGUCAACCAAUACAUAAACAUAGUUUUUAAACAUUCAGAUUAUUCUCCACUUGUCGAACCGCAUGCGUUGUCGAAUAAUUUGGUUUUAAACUUACAUGAAGUUCUCAAUCGAGCUCCCCGAUUAAAACGUAAUGCAGCUCCAGAAGUAAUAGCUGCUGCGUUGCUUGGUCUUAAAGUUUCCAACUUCUUGUGUGAGUGCUCAGAAUAUGUGCAUGCCUGCAAAGCGGCUCGGAGUGUUCAUGAAACUGUGCGUUCUUUUUUCACGCCUACAAAAUUCCAUCAUGCUCAGCAACGUCUUGAGUAUGACGCUAUGUGCAUUAUGCUUCGAGCGAUGAAUGCGCAUAACAUGUACUUAGAACCUGAAGAUCAACAAGUUUUCCAACAUGAAGCACCCGAUUUACUAAAGUCGAUGUGGAAGUCGAGGUUGUUGAUGGCUAAGUCAAUUAAUAUGAAUAAUUUUGACUAUUCCUUGUUACCAGUUAGCCUGGAGAAUACUUCUCAAAAUGCUUAUGUUUCUAUCGGAUUGUCGGCUUCUCGAUCAUCUGAUGAGAUUUCUGAAGGUACUUCGUCUCCUUCUAUCAGAAUUCUUGGACCUGCCGGUGAUGAGUCUCCUUGUGUAUUAGAAACGCUUACAACUCGACCGGCGUCUUUAAUUUCAGAUUCCUACUUUCCAACUGUUUAUUCGACCUCUGAAGUUGUGCUCAACCUGUUGGAUGGUAAUCUUGAUACAUGUAUAUCCACUAGUGCUUAUAUGAAUGCCCAACUGGCAACUUAUCAUUAUUCCAUGUGUCACUAUCAGAUUGCUUUUCAUUUUACUUUGUUGGCUAUUGAACAGUUAGAACUAUGUUUCAAUCACGGUACACCACCGUCUCUUCAUGUUACAGUUGAAGUUCUUCGUAUUAUGUGCAAAGUAUGUAUCAUCAAAAGAAAAUAUAGCUUAGGGUUAAGAAUUAUUCAACAUGCAUUAGUGUAUACCAGAUCUGUUUAUGGUUAUCGUAAUUUGAUAUAUGCUAAUCUACUUAUUGAAUAUGGGUGUUUAAUGCUGAAUACAGAUAAAACACGUAAAGCAGCAGAAAUUUAUCGGAUUGCUUUAGCACUAAUACUGAAUUAUUUACCCGGUGCUAGUAUUAUGGUUGCUUUAGCACUGGAAGCAAUAGCUUAUGCACAUUAUGUCCUUGAAUAUACAUCAGGUGAUUUCGGUUACGCAUUAAAUUGUGCCGAGAUAGCUGGCCUAAUGCUUCGUCGUUUGAAUUAUGGUGUUUGUAUGCAAGCAGCUUCAGCGAGUCGAGUAAAAGCUUUGAUAAUUGAAGAAAUUGCUAUUGAUGAUAAUGAUCCAUCUAGAACAAGAUCUGAUUUGAAGUUGGCACGUGAUUUGCAUAUGGAAUCGUUAGAACUUUGUGAACGAACUUAUGGAUUAUGGAAUAUUCAAACUGCAAAACAUUUUGGUAACCUUGGUCGACUCUACCAAUCAAUGCAAAAUAACAAAGAAGCAGAAAUUAUGCAUUUAAGAGCUAUUGAAAUCAAAGAACGUUUACUUGGACCGACAGAUUUUGAAGUUGGCUUAAGUGUUGGUCAUUUAGCUAGUCUAUACAAUUACGAUAUGAAUCGAUUUAAAGAAGCUGAACAGUUGUAUUUACGUUCUGUACAAAUUAGUUUAAAUUUAUUCGGUCCUACAUAUAGUGGAUUAGAAUAUGAUUAUCGUGGUUUACAACGUGUUUAUCAUGAAUUAGGUAAUUAUUCAGAAAUGCAACGUUACCAAGGUUUAUUUGAUUAUUGGUCUAAAGAAAGACAACGUCUUCGUUCAUUAGAACCAUCUGAAUCAUCAGAUUCUUUGGAAUUUCUUGAUGAAAAUAAUAUUAUAGGCUUAACUGAACAAUCACAACUUUUAAUGGAAUUAUUAAAAGAAUAUAAAUAUCAGUUUAAAUCAAUCUUUGAGAGUUUACAUGUUGAUUAUAACAAUGAGAAUAUGGUGAAUACUGCAACAACAAGGCAAGAUAACUUCAAUGUAAACUUUGGUGGCAGUAGUACUAUGGAAGCUAGUCGAUCAACAGGAUAUUAAUAUUUCAUGUGCAUGAUAUAUAUAUAUAUGUUUAAUCUAUAUUGUUUUAUAUCUAGAAAACGAAUUGUUUUCGUCUGGAUAUGUUUUAUUUGAAGAAUGAGUAUCAUUUUUUGCUUCUCAUUACUUCAUUGUUUGUACAUAUGCCAAAAGAAUAUAAUUAGUAAUAUAUAUUCCUUUUUCAAAUCUGGAACUCUGUUAACAUUACGUAUGGGGCCACUUAUUUUAACAGACAUUGAAAGAUUAGCUCAAUCGGUUCAAAAACUUGAUUACCUGUUUGCAUGCAGAUUUCAAAUCUACAAAUCUAUUGGUCUUCCGGUUGUUAUGAAGUUUAUCAUGUUGCCUCUGUUGGUACCUGGAUGAGGUCAAGUUUAUAUCUCAGACUUUCAUAAUGUUUUUCUACAGGUCUUUUGGGUUCAUUCCAUUUGAUUUUAGUUUCGAAGUUAUGCGUGAAAUCUUUCAUUUAGGUCUAAUCUUGAUGAUCAGCUGAAGUCACCUAGGAACACUGUCAGAGACCUGUUUGCAUUUAGUCAUCUUAUCGUUCGUCGUAAGUUAGAAUAAGUUUUCUUGUUUCUGUUGAUACUUGACAGUUCGAUUGCAGCAAAGCGUUCAAAUCAGUUAAAUGUGUGCAUGGGAAUGUUGAUAUUAACUUUGAUCAUGUUAAUCCUGCCGUCACUUCAUAAAGAGUGAUGCGCUUGCUUACCCACUGUGAAUCAUACAAUACUGUUUUCCAUGGUGUCUCAGUUGCUGUUGUGAAACAUUGAACCUUUGUUUGUUUCCACAAUCUUAGUUAUUAUUCUCGUUGCUUUGAGUGCUGUGGUACUUCCUCUUACUUAGUUUACUCGUAGUUCGCCGCAGCUAGAAGCUUUUGGCGAAUCUCCUAAUAUCCUGUAGGUCAAGAUUAAAUUUUGUACGCACUUUAUUGUUAUUCUUUAGACCGGUGGGGGUUAAUAUGAAGAAACUAAUGAUAAUGUCUCCUUGUUCUGUUUUGUAGCGUCAUCCGUAAUAGUUAUGUCUUAUAUCGUUAAGUACUUCUUAAUCAGGCUUAGCAAAGAAAUGGAUUAGAUUAAUCUCCAUCUAAACCUGU